AGAAAAGAAAAUGCAUAACGAGGUACACAUGUAUGGAAGGAAGCAGGCCUAUAGCUUGCCUUUUCACAUUAUUCAUUAAUAUUUAAUAUUUAAUGUAUAUGUAGAGUCUAGAUGUACAUGUAUGUCUAGUAAUAUCUUUCUUUGACUUUCAAGUUCAAGCGUUUUGUUAGUAAUUUCUAUAUAUAUAUAUAUAGAGAGAGAGAGAGAGAUAGAUAUGUGUAAUUCAUUUCCUUCAUAUCAGUUUUUCCAUUGGGCUUUUGCUACUGUUGGAUUUCAGCGGUGAAGUGAUUGUAUUGCAUCUUCUGCAAUGUCGAGUCUGGAGGAGCCUAUUGGUAUGGACAAGUUGCCAAGCCUAAGCAACAUUGAUUUUUUCCAUAGAUUCUCGUCCAAUGGCUGCAGUACUAGUGGAGGCAUCACUGGAAUGGGAAGUUGCUGGAUUGAGGGAAAUGCUUCUAGUGUAUAUAGUGAUGAGGAGGAUUUUGAGUAUCAGGAAGAAGAGUUUACUUGGAGACAACAUGCGAGAAAUGUAUCUCGGAUUGGUAACCGUGCAACAUAUGGAAAUGGGUGUAGUGCACGACAUUUAGCGAAUUUUCAGCAUAACUCAUACUGCAGUAAUGGAGGUCUGCAAGAGAUAACAAAUAAGUUUUUCAAAGGCAUACCGAAAUAUGUGAAGAUAGUAGAAGUUGGUGCAAGGGAUGGAUUACAAAAUGAAAACAAUAUGGUACCUACAUCUGUGAAAGUAGAACUAAUUCAGAGGCUUGUUUCUGCUGGAUUGUCUGUCGUUGAGGCCACAAGCUUUGUUUCGCCCAAGUGGGUACCUCAGCUUGCGGAUGCAAGGGAUGUCAUUGGAUCAGUCAAAAACUUGGAUACUGCAAGAUUGCCUGUAUUGGUACCAAACUUGAAGGGUUUUGAAGCUGCCAUUGCUGCAGGAGCAAAGGAAGUAGCUGUAUUUGCAUCAGCAUCUGAGUCCUUCUCAAAGUCAAACAUUAACUGUACUGUUGAAGAAAGCUUUGACCGUUACCGUGCUGUUGUCAAUGCUGCUACAAAGCUCAAUGUUCCGGUUCGUGGGUACGUAUCAUGUGUGAUUGGAUGCCCAGUUGAAGGAAUGGUUCAUCCAUCAAAAGUUGCAUAUGUUGCAAAAGAACUUCAUGGUAUGGGUUGUUUUGAAAUAUCACUCGGUGAUACUAUAGGGAUUGGCACACCAGGCACGGUUAUUCCUAUGCUUGGAGCAGUCAUGGCGGUUGUUCCUGUGGAAAAGCUUGCGGUUCACUUCCAUGACACUUAUGGCCAAUCUCUUCCAAAUAUUUUAGUUUCCCUCCAAAUGGGUAUAAGCACAGUGGAUUCCUCUGUAGCUGGUCUCGGAGGAUGCCCGUAUGCCAAAGGAGCUUCAGGAAAUGUUGCUACAGAGGAUGUAGUUUACAUGCUUGAUGGCCUUGGCAUAAAAACCAAUGUUGAUCUGGGAAAGCUCUUGCAAACAGGUGAAUUCAUCUGUAAGCAGUUACGUCGCUCAUCAGGGUCUAAAGCUGCUGUUGCUUUUAGCCGAGUUCCAUAAAAAAACUCUAAGAUAUACUGAAAUAGAUAUAAUUAUUUAUCGGAUAGAAGCAAUUUUAUUUUCUCCGCUGCACAUUAUUCACUUGUUAUAUGAUGCCAUAUGCGUCUACUGUAA